AUGCUGCGGGGGGGGGGGGGGCCCGCGUUGUUGCCCCAACCCGCGAAGCUAGUCGCGCAUGCCGUCAGCGCACAGUCCCCGACGCCCCUCCUUAUUCACGUUACGGCACAAACGGCGACAAAAGUGUACAGGCCCAACCCGGAAGUACGCCUGACUGGCGCGACUCCUCUGGAUGGUUCGAAGAUGUGGGCCGUUGAAGUUGGCGGCCACGAAUUUGACCACGAUAGGGCCACCCAUCUGCAGCAACGUGAGGGCCUUGACCAAACGAUGAACGGCGGGGAGAAUUGCGUGAACUUGGCGCUGGUGCACAAGUACCCUGUCAAUGCUGACGAGCCACCGCCGCUGGACCAGCGUGUAUUCAGUGUCAUCUCCGUCAAUGCCAACAAGGAUGGAUCCAUCGUGUAUGCAGCAGAGGCAGGCGGGUCCAGCGACCAGGCGGUACCGGGGCUCAUCUGCUGUCAAGUGCGGCGAGUGGUUGGUACUCAGCGGAGGCCGAUGCGAGUGCGGGGGCGGGGGCUGGCGUGGCUGUUGGCGGUAGUGAUAAAAUGCUGGGCAAGAGGCGAGCACGGUCGAUGGAACUGGCGGAGGUGGGGCCUGCCGCCGCUGGUACAUCAAGUGGUGGUAGUGGCAAAGGACGAGACAAGAAGCGAGCACGGGGGCCUGACGUCCCGGCCGAUGUGGCCGAUGCCAGGUUCGCGUCGACUGCAGGUGGCUAUAGGCCGAUCCAUGCCUGUGCCACAGUAUGAACGGCUGGUCCGGCCAUUGACACGAUGCGAACCAGGCGUGGCAAGGCUGGCCUGGGAACGUGUCUUAAGGUAUCAUAACGAGGAGGGACGGCGCAUGACUGCUGAGCUCGUGGUGUCGUGCAUCCAGGAGGUGGGAACAGCCAGCACUGUCGCACAGAGUGAUAGUGAGGACGAGAGUGGCAUGGCCGAUGUUGUCGCGCCUGUUACCGCUGUGUCAAGGGCUAACGGCCACGAUGAAGAUGCAGUCCCGGCGGGUAGCCGGCCUAUCUUUUUGCAGAGUGCAUCGGUAGAGUGGUACACUCCACAGUGCAUCCUAGAUAAAGUCGCAGAGAUGUUUGGGCCGGGGGGAAUUGACCUGGACCCGUGCAGCUCGGAGGCGGCAAACACUAGAGUUAAGGCCGGGCGCUUUUUUGAUGUGGCUUUGGAUGGCCUCAGUGAGGCAUGUAGGUGGGAGGGGAACGUUUUCGUCAACCCUCCUUUCGGUUCGAGGGGUGUGCUAAGCAUGCAGAACUUGUUCUUCGAACGGUGUGUGAAAGAGUAUCGACAAGGGGCUGUCAAACAGGCGGUGGUCCUGCUGAAGGCCGCUGUCGGGUACAAGUGGUUUAGGGCAGUGUUGGAAUGGCCAGUUUGCUUCCUGUGGGAGCGGCUUGCAUUUGUGCAGCCACAGCACACAUCCGUGGGAGAGGAGUCGGAGUUGAAAUGGGGCAGCCGUGUACAAAAUCCACACGGAAGUGUGGUAGUGUAUUUGGGUACCAAUGUGGACAAGUUUGUCCGGAUUUUUGGUGACAUAGGUUCGAUUGCUGGUGCCAACGCGUGGGCACACCAGAACUCGCCCCGCUGAAAUGCGGGUUUUAAUUCCGAGCGGGAAUCUGUACAUUACGCGCCACCAGUCGUUUGGGUUUACCCAAUAGAAGAGCGCACUUGUGUCGGUACAGCGGUGUGGUGUGUACGACACUCAUGGGCUAGUUUCAGAGCGUGCGUGUACAGGAGCAUGUACAGGAAGAUAGGUGUUUUGUUAUGAUUAUUUGCGGCAGCCUGUGGAAGCAGUCCCAUUGGACAUUUUCUGGGUGUGCAAGUUAGUGUUAUGUACAUAUGACGGGAUGUCAAGCGGACGGCAGGCUGUUGUUCUUCUUCUGCAUGGUUUCCGAGCAUGCAUACGCGAGCAUGCAUACGGUGGGACAGAGCGCUUGGUGCCAAGCAUGUUAAGCGAACGUUGCGAAAGCUGUGCGACGUGUAACAGUCGAGGAAAGG